CAAAUGCUGUGGCUUAUUCUAUUUAUGGUCUCUGAAGAGCAUCUACCUUACAACCAUUGUAUCUAACAUAUCCUGCAUUUUCUUAAUAGGAGAAGCUCUGUUACUGACACUACUUCUUGUUUUCAAAAUCAAAACAUCAUUCACUUCAUGGUCGGUGAACUGAGUUUACAUAGAUUAGGCAUUACUAUUAUUAAUAAUAUUAUUUUAUUUAGCAUUCUAACCAUAAGAAUCCAUUAAUGGUGAACAGUGCUUCUCACUUUAACAUAGGGCUAUCCCACUUGCAGGAUGCAUGCCAACUCCAAAGAAAAGUUAGUCAUGUGGUUUUCAGAAGAUGAAAGCUUAAGAUAAAGACUGAGAGUGUUUGUUGCUGGAGGUGGGAGUGGCAUUAUAUAGGAUUUAGCCAAAACAUGUGAUAGUCACCGGAGGGUUAGCUGAAAGAAAACUGUGUUACUCAAUUGCACAGUGCAAACGGGCCUUGUGAGGAUUAGAGGAAGAAUGCUACCUGCUGUGUUGUACUGCCUGCUGUGGAGUUUCCAGACCUCCGAAGGCCAAUUCCCUCGAGCCUGUGUGUCCUCCGAGAAGCUGAUAGAGAAGGAAUGCUGCCCACCAUGGAGAGGUGAUGGGAGUCCCUGUGGCCAGCUUUCCGGCAGGGGAUCCUGUCAGGAUGUUGUUCUGUCCAAUGCACCACAUGGGCCUCAAUUCCCCUUCACGGGGGUGGAUGACAGGGAGUCUUGGCCCUCUGUCUUCUAUAACAGGACCUGCCAGUGCUUUGGCAACUUCAUGGGAUUCAACUGUGGAAAGUGCAAGUAUGGCUUUUGGGGACCAGAAUGCACAGAGAGACGACUCUUGGUGAGAAGGAACAUCUUUGAUUUGAGUGUUCCAGAGAAGAACAAAUUUAUUGCUUACAUCAAUUUAGCAAAGCAUACUACCGACCCAGACUAUGUCAUUCCCAUAGGCACCUAUGGCCAAAUGAAUAAUGGGUCAACACCCAUGUUUAAGGACAUCAGCAUUUAUGACCUCUUCGUCUGGAUGCACUAUUAUGUGUCCAUGGACACACUGCUUGGGGGGUCUGAAAUCUGGAGAGAUGUUGAUUUUGCUCAUGAAGCACCGGGUUUCCUUCCUUGGCACAGACUCUUUUUGUUGAUGUGGGAAAAGGACAUCCAGGAGCUGACAGGGGAUGAGAACUUCACCAUUCCAUUCUGGGAUUGGAGAGAUGCUGAAAACUGUGACAUUUGCACAGAUGAACUCAUGGGAGGGCGCAACCCAGAAAACCCUAACCUUCUCAGCCCAGCGUCCUUCUUCUCCUCUUGGCAGAUCAUAUGCAGCCGACUGGAGGAGUAUAACAGCCGCCAGGCCUUGUGCAACGGGACUGCUGAGGGACCAUUACUGCGCAACCCUGGAAACCACGACAAAGGCAGAACCUCGAGGCUCCCGUCCUCAGCUGAUGUGGAAUUUUGCCUGAGUCUGACCCAGUAUGAAUCGGGGCCCAUGGAUAAAACUGCCAACUUAAGCUUUAGAAACACACUGGAAGGAUUUGCUAGUCCACUUACUGGGAUAGCAAAUGCCUCUCAAAGCAGUAUGCACAAUGCCUUGCACAUCUAUAUGAAUGGAACGAUGUCUCAGGUGCCAGGAUCUGCCAACGACCCCAUUUUCCUUCUUCACCAUGCAUUUGUGGACAGUAUUUUUGAGCAGUGGCUCCGAAGGUACCGUCCUCUUCAAGAAGUUUAUCCAGCAACCAACGCACCCAUUGGACAUAACCGGGAGUCCUACAUGGUUCCUUUUAUACCCCUCUACAGAAAUGGUGAUUUCUUUAUUUCAUCCAGAGACCUGGGCUAUGACUAUAGCUACCUACAAGAUUCUGAUCCAGACUUUUUUCAAGAUUAUAUUAUGCCCUACUUAGAACAAGCGAGGAGGAUCUGGCCAUGGCUCAUUGGGGCAGCUCUAGUGGGGUCUGUCCUCACUGCUAUGCUGGGAGGGCUCAUUGGCCUGCUGUGUCGUCGUCGAAAGAGAAAGCAGCCCUCUGAAGAACAGCAGCCACUCCUCAUGGAAAAGGAGGAUUACCACAGCGUAUUGUACCAGAGCCAUUUAUAAAAGGCUUAGACACUAGAGCAGGGCCAAAAACACUGUUCAAGUCCCCAGGGCAAGUCCUAACAGAAAUCCUUGAUAUUUGUCUGUGAAGACCAUUAUCUGAAUUAUAAUCUAAUACAAAGUACACCCUUCUUCUAUCUCAACACAUUCGUGAUGGCCUUGCUGGUUUUUGUUCGUCCUUUUGACAAUUUCCCUCAAGCCCCAUAUUUUCAAGGAAAAAAAAUGCUAUUUGGUCAUUAAUAACUGUUGCUUGUAUCUGGAUAAACUUAUAAAAUGAUAAAAUGUGGGAAUUCUUUUAAUUCUUUCCUUCUCAUUGUUUAAUGGUAUUUCUUUUUUAUUGUCUUUGACUUUAAUAAUAAAAUAGUAACAAAUUUAUAUUGAGUUCUUUGAGCUUGAGAAAGGCAUUUUUAUUUUUCUCAGAAAGCAUAAUAUUUCCCUUACAUUUUAUAGUCCUGCUCCAAAAUGUUUAUAAACAUCAAGUAUAAAAAAACCUUCCACUCUUUCCUGCCAUAAUCAUGACUAUACUUUUGAAGGUCACUGAAAACAAGGGCUUUGCUCUUCAACAGAUCUGGCUACAUACCUGUUUUAAGAUGUGCUUGUUAAAUAUGUUGGCAGUAGAGGAGGCAGUAGAUAGGCAUGAGCAGAGCAGGAACAACAGGCCAGGCACACAAAGUCACCAGGGCAGAAAACCCUAGGUAUCUGGCAACUAGCAAAAUUGGAAAGAUAAGACCUCUCUCCCAGGUGACCUUCCUCCUCUGGCAUACUGCUCAUCACACAGUACAGAUCCCUGACUUUUCAUCUCACGGGUCAUGUGAUUCAGACCCUCUCCUGACCUUUCCUCCCCUAGCAUGUGGCUAAUCAUGUGAUAGACCCAUUAGAGGAGAAACAAGGGGCCCAAAGAAUAGCCUCCUAAAAUCUCCAUAAAGGCCCUUGCACAAUCACUCCCUCAAGCACUAAAUCCUCAGAACAAUGAGGUUCUGACCUGCGUCAAAUAAUCUUAAGAACAAAGCCUCUGGUCUGUUGACCACAGAGACUGAGUUUUAGACAAACUAGAGAUACCAUUUAGGCCUCAGUUGUGUUUUAGCUUCAGUUCCAAAAAAGCAGCAAAACCAGAGGAAGUGACACCAGGGCUGACAUCAGUGCCGCAUGACUAAUGACCCCUUACCCUAGUGCCAAUCAAUCGGAAGAGACCAUGAUCCUGAGAAAAUAUACCUGAAAA